CAACAAAAAAGUUUCUUUGCAACAUAUUAAUUCCAACAAUAAAUUAGUUAACUAGCCAUAGUCCUAAAUCCUAAUUAAUUUCCAUAUAUUAAAACUCUUUUUUCUUCUCUUGUUUGGGGAAAUCCUUUAGGUUUUCAAUUAAGUUUCAAGGUUUAGGGUUUUUAUUAUUAUAAUUAUUCGUCGAAAAUCUUGAAAUAUGGAAGGAGAAGUGAAGGAAGAAAUUGAUUUACCACCAGGAUUUCGAUUUCAUCCAAGUGAUGAAGAACUUAUAACAUAUUAUCUUAUGAACAAAAUUUCUGAUUCUAAUAAUUUUAUUGCAAGGGCUAUUGGAGAUGUUGAUUUAAACAAAUCUGAGCCAUGGGAUCUUCCAGGGAAGGCAAAAAUGGGAGAAAAAGAAUGGUAUUUUUUCAGCCUAAGAGAUAGAAAGUACCCAACAGGAGUGAGAACAAAUAGAGCAACAAAUAGUGGAUAUUGGAAAACUACUGGCAAAGACAGAGAGAUUUUCAGUAAUUCAGAAUUAGUUGGUAUGAAGAAAACAUUGGUAUUUUAUAAAGGAAGAGCACCAAGAGGUGAAAAAACCAAUUGGGUAAUGCAUGAAUAUAGAGUCCACUCCAAAUCAUCCUAUAGAACACACAAGCAAGAUGAGUGGGUUGUUUGCCGUGUAUUCCAAAAGAGUAAUGCAGGAGGAAAAAAAUACCCUUCUAAUAACAAUACUUCAAGAAUUCAUGUGAACCCUUACACUACACUUGAUCAAAUCAAUCCAAACACAAUAUGCAUUUCUUCACAAAUGAUGAUGCCACAAGCUCAUGAACAUAAUGCCAUUCAAUUAGCCAUGGGAAGACCAUCAUCAUCAUCAUCAAGUGCUUACAACAUGAUCAACCAUCCAGAAAUUCAAGAAUUCAAUAGGGUUUUUCAAGGCGUUUCAACAUCGUCAUCGUCUAACAUGAUGAGCUUGAAUCCAAUUCUUCAAUCCCAAAUGAACUAUAACUUAGGUGGAGGUAAUAGUUUUACUAUUUCAGGCUUGAAUUUGAAUCUUGGUGGUGGUGCCACUACUUCUCAGCCAGUGCCACCACCGCCACAAGAUAUGAGUUCUUCUCACGUGAUGAUGACAACUCAUGAUGAUCAGGCUGGUUAUGGAGAAAAUAUGAGUAGUGGAAAUGCCAUGAAUAGAUUUAUGGUUAUGGAGAAUAGUGCUCAUGAUUUAGACAACUAUUGGGCUAAUUAUUGAUGAUCUAUGUUGUUCGAAUCCUCCAAAAAAACGCAUAUCAGAUCUUAUAAAUAUAGUGCAUUUUUGAAGAAUUCGAGUAGAUGUAAUUAGAAGUCAAG